UGCGGCUCGGUCGCGCCGGCCCCGCGGGCUCCCGCCGCCGCCAGCAUGCAGCCCCCCGCCCUCAGCAUCCUCCUGCUCAUCGCCUGCUUCGGCAGCGCCCGGGGAAACCUCUCCCGCGACGAGAGCCAGCCCACGACGUCGGACGAGACCGUGGUGGCCGGGGGCACGGUGGUGCUCAAGUGCCAGGUGGAGGAUCCCGACGAUUCCUCGCUGCAGUGGUCCAACCCUGCCCAGCAGACGCUGUACUUCGGGGAGAAACGAGCCCUGCGGGAUAACAGGAUCCAGCUGGAGAGAUCCACCCCCAACGAGCUGACCAUCAGCAUCAGCGACGUGGUGCUGGCCGACGAGGGCGAGUACACCUGCUCCAUCUUCACCAUGCCCGUGAGGACAGCCAAGGCCCUGGUCACCGUGCUGGGAAUCCCCCAGAAGCCCCAAAUCUUCGGCCACGAGCAGCCCAUCGAUGAGGAGAAGGUGGCGCGGCUCAUCUGCCGCUCGUCCGGCAGCAAACCCGCGGCGCAGCUGCGCUGGAGGAAGGGCAACAGGGACAUCAAGGACUCGGGCACCGAGGUGGUGGAGGACCCCAACGGCAAGACCUUCACGGUGACCAGCAGGGUGGAGUUCCGUGUCACCAAGGAGGACAACGAGGUCGAGGUCACCUGCACCGUGGACCACGAGUCCCUGCAGAACUCAGAGAGGUCCACCACGCAGAAGCUGCAGGUCCACUACAAACCCACAGCGAAGAUCGAGCCGCACCCGCAGUACCCACGGGAGGGGGAGAAGCUGCAGCUGCAAUGUGACGGGCAGGGCAACCCCAUCCCGCAGGAAUUCCUCUGGGAGAAGGAGGGCAGCGACGCCCCCCUGCAGCUGAGCUCCGACAGCGUCCUCAUCUUCCCCUUCCUCAACAAGAGUGACAGUGGCACCUACGUGUGCACGGCCACCAGCUCCAUGGGCAGCGUGGUGGCCAAGUACAACCUGGACGUCAGCGAUGCCAGCCCGGUGCCCUCGACCUCCAGCACGUACCACGCGAUGAUUGGCGGCGUGGUGGCCGUCAUCGUCUUCCUCCUGCUCAGCCUCCUCAUCGUGCUGGGACAUUACCUGAUCAGGCACAAAGGGACGUACCUGACCCACGAGGCCAAAGGCUCGGACGACGCUCCGGACGCCGACACCGCCAUCAUCAACGCCGAGGGCGGCCAGGCCGGCGGCGACGACAAGAAGGAAUAUUUCAUCUAAAAGGGUCAGAGAGAGAGGAGAGAGAGAGAGAGAGAGAGAGAGAGAGAAAGAAAAAUGGAGCCAAGAGAACCCCGAUGGCAACGGCAACCAGACCACAAACCCCACAAAACCCAACAGAUUUUCUCUGGCGCCCGGCGCGGGCGGACGGACGGACGGACAGAGGGAUGGCGGGACAGAGAGCAGGGAGAGCCACCGGCCUCGAGGCGCUGCUGACGCUUCUUGAACUUGUACAAAUCCUUCACUCCAACAGCGAGAGCCCCGGCCCCGUUUGCUUGCUUGCACCUCCAUCCCCACGCCCCGAACCGCACAGACCCAAAACCCGUGAGUGAGCGACUCCUUCCUUCCUUCCUUCUUCCUUUUUGGACCUUUUUUGAUUUUUUUGGCUUUGGUUUCGUGGCUGCUCUUUGCUUCGGGCC